UCGAUGUUUAUUUGUUCCGUUUCCCGAAGAGAAGAUAGUCUUCGAGCAACAGUGGGCUAGCUACAAGGCUUGAACCUGUGACUGAAGUCAACAUUAUAUAGCAUAUUUGUUUUACAUACGUCUUGUGGAGGCAAUUAAGUGAAUAUCCGGACCACAUGGACAAGACUGAGUGUCAAGCAGUUGGAGCUUGGUUUGGGUAGACUGUAGUCGUGUGUAAGCCCCGUCAAGAAGAUACAUAGCUACCCUGCUAACCAGAGUGGACGAAGGGAUAUUCGAGUCAACCUGCCUGGUUAACGCUAGCUACUUGUACGCGUUAUCUGUCUACGGCAGCUAGCUAGCUAAGUUACUCGCCAGAAUAAUCGAAAUACUAACUACAAUUCGCAACGUUACCAGCAGUGUUUGAGGAUGAACCACCUGUCCCUGAGUGAGCUGUGCUGCCUGUUCUGCUGCCCUCCAUGCCCCAGCAAGAUCACCUCCAAGCUGGCCUUCCUGCCCCCGGAGCCCACCUACACCCUCAUGUGUGACGAGAGCGGCAGCCGCUGGACCUUGCACCUGUCUGAGCGGGCAGACUGGCAAUACUCGGCGCGUGAGAAGGACGCCAUCGAGUGCUUCAUGACGCGCACUUCACGCGGCAACCGCAUCGCGUGCAUGUUUGUGCGCUGCUCGCCCAGCGCCCGCUUCACACUCCUCUUCUCACACGGCAAUGCAGUGGAUCUGGGCCAGAUGAGCAGCUUCUACAUCGGCCUGGGCUCACGCAUCAACUGCAACGUCUUCUCCUACGACUACUCAGGCUACGGGGCCAGCUCGGGGAAACCCUCUGAGAAGAACCUGUACGCUGAUGUGGACGCCGCCUGGCAUGCCCUCAGGACACGGUACGGUAUUAGGCCAGAGACCGUGAUCGUGUAUGGUCAGAGUAUCGGUACAGUCCCUUCCGUGGACCUGGCGGCACGCUACGAGAGCGCCGCGGUCGUCCUGCACUCCCCCCUCACCUCUGGCAUGAGAGUGGCCUUCCCAGACACCAAGAAAACCUACUGCUUUGACGCCUUCCCCAAUAUUGACAAGAUCUCCAAGGUGACGUCUCCAGUGCUGGUGAUUCACGGGACAGAGGAUGAGGUGAUUGACUUUUCCCACGGCCUGGCGCUGUACGAGCGCUGCCAGAGGCCCGUGGAGCCCCUGUGGGUGGAGGGCGCCGGCCACAACGAUGUCGAGCUCUAUGGACAGUACCUGGAGCGCUUGAAACAGUUUGUGGCCCAUGAGCUCGUCAACUUGUCAACUUGACUUCCCCCCUCAGUCACUCACCUGCUGCAACUGUGAGCUUUUGAAAUACCAUCCUUUUUUAAAUAUUUUUUUUAUAUAUAAUUUGAAAUUGCACAAUGUGCGCAUGUGUCUGUGAGUGUGUGGGAGAGUUGGAUGGACAGAUAUGUGCUCAAGGGGAUUAUGUGUGUUUUGUGCAUAGAAGAGCAGUGGAGGUGGGAUUCUGUGUGUGUGUGUGUGUCACAUAUUUUCUGCCUUUCAGAAGAAUGCGGUCCUGGUCCAUUGUAAGGACUUUUGAGCAUAUCUGAGAGGUUUGUGUGGAGCAGCCAUGCUGGAUGGAAGACUGGACUGCCACUCAUCCCAGUCCAUCUUGACUAAGGAGCCAAGUCUUAUUCAAUGUGGUCAACAUGGAUAUUUUGUUGUUAUUGUGUAUUUGUUUAUUUUUUUAAUAUAUAAAGUUUGCAUGUAUCACGUGACUGGGAACUGUACGAGACAACUCUGAUAUUUAAGAUAGAAGUGCCAGUGUUGCCAAAAGUUCAGCAUAUUGAAGAAAAUGGCACGCAACUAUAUUGUAGAAAUAUCUCCAGUUGUAUAAAUGUACAGUUUUUUUGUUGUUGUUAUUACUAUGUUGUUUUUCAUGUAUUCUUUUAGUAAAGCUACUACGACUCCAUUGUAGUAUGAAGAAAGAUGUGUUUUUAAGACCACAGUGACAUGCUGGAUAGUUCCAAUUAAAGAUGUAUAAUGUACAUGUAACAUUAAUAAUAAUGCUUAUUUACCAAUUCAGAGGAAUAGUAUUUCUAGAUAUUUCUUUUGUAUACAAACUGCCUGUACACCUGGUAGCUCUUAAUCAAGCUAUGUAAUAAAGAGUCAUGCCACUGAUGCUGUUAGAAAGCAUAGAAAAACAGUGUAAGUCAUUAAUGCUUGAUUGGGAAAUGUUUUGAUGACAGCUUUGUUUUACCGAGGACACAACUGGACGCUUUCUUCUUUUUUGCACACUUUUUGCUUUUGUCUUAACUCUUAUGAUAUCUGAUGGACUGCAUGGUAUUUCGGCGCCUUUGUUUACUUUGAGAAACACUAUUAAUGCUGAACAAGGUGAAACAUUUACCAAUCACAUACUUUAUUGUAUUAGUAGGGCACUGACUAAGCCUAUAGAAGCAGAUGUUAAGCGCUACUGCAUGCUAUGAUAGGCUAGUGUUUUCUUACUUUUAGCUGGGUAAAUGCUGUCUAGCUUAAGCCCAUGGGUGCUACUGAAAACCUCCAGGUCUGAUUGGUACAGUCUGAUUAACUGAAAUAUUUGGAUUGGUUGUUGAUGUUACUAGAGUAAUCAAUAAUUGUUAGGAUUGGUUGUUAGAUAGUACUAAUACUUCCAUCCAUUUUGACUUUAUAAAAAUGUUUGUACUGGACAUUUGUAUUUCUUUCACUAACCUCUGUAAUAUCUAAAUGUAAGUUAUUAUUAGUACUUUAACUGUUCAUAUGAGAAUUAGGCAUCCAUCUGUGGUGAGACCAUUUUGAAUUAUUCCGAUGACUGUUGAACUCUAUCUGGUCACCCAGAUCGAUGUAAUUUAUUAUUUUCUAAGAAGUUUCAUUACUGAAGGAAAUUAUAUAACAUGAUCUUGAUAAUAGUUAUAAUAAAAUGAAUAUAGACAAUAAAAACGAAACAAAAAAUA